GCAGCGAUACGAUCCAGUGGUUCGCCUGUCAUAAAGUGGAAGCUUUUGAUAGGCAGAAUAGCACUGGGGAAUCCACUUUCUGAUCGGGUCAAAGGUAAAGUCGGGCAGGGAUCUGAAGAAGGUCCGAUCACAACAAGGCAGCAACUCCGAUAAGAAUCAUGGCAAAGCUGAAAGCCGAAACUUUGUUUCUGGCCUCGGCCAUGGUGAUUCUGUCGUUGUCCGUCCUCCAGGGUGCGCAGGCCGUGGACUACCUCUUCUGGGACGGGCCUACUUGCUCGGGGCUUGUGCAGAGUCUCUGCACCUCAAUCAGCAACGGAAGCUGCUGCGUCUCGGACAACCCCUAUCAAUCGCUGCAGGUCCGAGGCGACAGAUGCCAAUGGAGCACGGCAUUCAAGGAUGGCGACUGUGCCGCAAACAUCACAAUAAACACGAAGAAUGGCUCCAUCUGUUUCGACAGCGGCGGUCCCACUUACACCGCUGCGAGCUGGCAGAGCAGAUGCAUCAAUGGCACUCCCAUCGUGGAGGCUCCAAUUCCAGCCGCCAACUUAACUCUAAACGGGACGAGUAACGCAACCACCAAUGUGACAAUCCCUGGAGCUCGCCGAAGAGCUCUUCUUAGCUAGUUUACGAAUGGACUGUCGGGUCUGGAUUGCAUACGCCAUGUGGAGGUGGAGGAUAAUGUGAUUUACUACCGAGAAGAUCCAACGAAGUUUGUGUGGAGCCUUCGUGUCAAUAAAGAAGAGAAAGCUGCGAUGCUGCAGGAAUUCGCAGCCGUGCCCAAGUCGGAAAAAGUCUUCUGGCUGUUCACUCAUGGUGCUACGUACGACGUGGAGGCGUCAGCGAGCUCGUUCGAGCUUGUUGUGGCCUAAACUGUAAUCGAGGUCCUGGCGGAUUGGAGAAGUGGAUGUUGGGGCUCGUAGCAUGUAGAAUGUAUGUUUUAGGGGAAGUGGAUUCUGAAACAAUUAAUUGUUGAUCCAAAUUUGUGGAUUCUACCUGUUAGGUGCGUGCGUAGAUUACCUCAUUGAUUUCAUUCAUUGACACAAUAAGGGAUAAAAUGCCCAAACUACUGGCAGUCACAUUAUAUAGACAUCGG